AUGGAUGACUGCCCGGACAAGGCCAACAUACAGUGCUACGGAUGCAGCGGCUUUGGACAUCUUCGCAAAGAAUGCCCGAAAGAUGAAUAUAAUGCUAGUAGCAUCACGGUACAAGGAGAAUUGCGUGAGACACGUCGAAUACUACAAAACACGCAAGAACAGCUACGGCGUGCGCAGCAGGAGAUUGGCCUGCUGAGCGAAGACUUGAGGGAAGCAAACGAUAAGCAUGAACGCUGGCGCAAAUUCGCACAGGGCAACACAUUGGAUCCCUAUGAAGCACUUAAAAUGCAAGGACUGCACAAAACGGAAGCGCAACUGAAGGUCUAUGAGCAAUACGUACGGGAUACCUUCAAUCAAAGGCCAGAUACUCUUAGCCGUACGAUCAAAAUACUCGUACACGACAUCGACUUCAUCACGAUCAAGGAGAGCGAUGGUGACUUGAGAUGGAGAUAUGACGCAGCCUUCGUUCUCGCGAGGCAAAUAUAUGAAGCACUGCUUAUGUACGGCUACGGCAGGACCCCAUUAGAUUUUCCCAUGUGCUUGGCACUGCAAGCCGCCGAUACCCAACUGAGUCUCAUCAUCGAGGAGAUGCUUGAGAAAUCCGGAGGCGAAGUGGAUUUGAGAGACGCUCGUGAUAAUCUCGCGGCAGAGCAGAAACACCUUAAGCGAAUUCACGGUAUCACGGAAUACUACCCGGGUACCACAGGGUUGCUAGCUAGAACAGCGUAUUAG